AUGCGAAAGGCCACGAUCGAUUGGCGUGACGCGAAAAACCGGGGUGUGCGGUUUUUCGCGGAGAAUUUUCGCGUUAUUUUGGGACCCUUUUUACUAUGCGCCACCCCGCUACGGUGUAGCGGUCACUCCCCCGUUUUCAUUGCUAGUGCCAGCACCGAGCUCCAAUCCGCCGCGACCCAGAAUGGCAGCCUCGUCGAUGACCUUGCUGCCGUGCCGAGCUGCCCCACUCCCGAUUUCUCCCGGGGUGUGGGAACUCACGUCACUUUGCUCAACCCGCUAAAGGUGCUGGUGCCACCCAGCGCUCGCGUUCCACACAGAAGAUCUCUCCUCGUUUACGUUCCAGGAAUGGAUUGCACGGGCCAGGGGAUUCGACCGCAGUUGCCAUCUCUCGUCGCUGCCGGCCACGACAUAAGAUGUGUAUACAUCCCGAGCAGCAACAGAGUUUGA